CUAAAAAUGACAUUUCGUCACAAGACUAAGACUAGGACUAAAUUAAAAAUAGGUGACAAAAUUAACACUAGCUUUACCAGGCGGCGCAUUAUUCACAGCUCCACCUAAGUGCUGUACCACCUGUCCUGAGCUGUACUGAGACAGAGCAAUGCUGGCACAAGCCACGGACUAUGGGUGUGAAACCAGGUCGCGUAAGGGACAUGGUUGUCAUGGCAGCUAAGCCAAAACAGCGGACCGUAGGAGGUGGUGUCAGGAGCACACUGUAUAAAGCGGUGAAGGGGGAGCUGCCAGAUCCAAAUGUGCUGAGAGUUGCUGAGGUUUACGCUGACUUCGCUGCGGAGUUGGCGCCUCUCAUCACCACCCUGGCAAUCAGCCCUGAUAUCCCUCUGAUCGAUUCAGCCCUCGGGAAGGUCCAGGAGGGAAGCCUCAUUGCCAUGCAGCACCCGGUCGUCGUCAGUAGGUGUAUCCAGUACCAUCCCGACGCACCUCCACCACCACCUCUACCGCUGGCUGAUUACAGAUUGGAGCCUACAACCUGCCAGUUUGUUUGCAGUCUUCAAGAACAGCUGCAUCUAGUUUCCCUCCAAACCAGUUGGGAAGCAGCCAGACAGGUGGAGGCCUCUACUCGCGACCAAAGCCUUUCAGCUGAGUGGUACCGGGUUAGGAGCCAGCGUGUCACGUCAUCCCACUUCAAAGAGGUCUGCCACAUACGAGGUGAGAGUGCUGCACAACAUCUUGCAGAGAGGAUGCGGAAGGGCGUGGUUCAGACCGCUGCAAUGAAGAGGGGCCUGGCACUAGAGCCAGUUGCUGUUGAGGAAUACAGCAGGGUCAAGAACAUCAACUAUUGGCCCUGUGGAUUUGUAAUCCAUCCUGACGCUCCCUGGUUAGGUUGUUCCCCUGAUGGCCUUCUAUUUGAUCCCACAGAAAACCCUCCAUUUGGCUUGGUGGAAAUCAAAUGCCCCAAUGCUAAGAGCUAUGUUGACUGCAAGUACUUGCGAUCAAAUGGCAACACCAUGUCACUUAAACGGCAACACGCCUACUAUUGGCAGGUCCAGGGGCAGCUUCUUGUCACUGGCAUGGAAUGGUGUGACUUUGUUGUCUUUGCAGAAGAUGACAUGGUCAUUCAAAGAAUAUACAGAGACACAGAGAUUGCUGAAGUGAUACGGGAGAGGGGAGAUCACUUUUUCUUUUAUUUUUACAUGUCUGUUUGUUUAAAAUAAUC